GGGUAGGAGUGGGCGCGUCCAAUGGUGCGUGCGGCGAGUCCGGCGAUGGUGCGGUACCUGCUGUGGUACCUGUGUGUGGUGCUGUGGGCUGGGUGCGCGCGGCCCGAGGGUCUGCUACUGCUGUACCGACCGCGCGACGUGAGCGCCGAAUGCGCCGCCUCACACCACCUGCGCUACGACCUCUCCUUCGGCAUGGGCAUGUCCGACACCAUUACUUUAGUUUUCCAUACCCUGAACGACUUCGAUUAUGGCUGCGAGGUGGAGAUCACGACGGAGUCGUCGGAGCUUUUCCUGUUGGUUGUGAUCCGGUACCCCAACAGCAUCGCCGGCAACUGCGCGGCCAAUCGCGAUGCGUUCGUCGUGCUCAAGCGCCGGCGCUGCCUGCGGCUGUGCGAUCUGGCCGGAGGGCGCGACCUCCUCUCGCACUACUACAUUCUCACCCUGCGAGAGAAGAUACGGUUCCGCUUCGUCAGCAAUAGCAGCGUUAACGCCGAUAUGAACGCGAAUCUGUAUCAAAUGAGCGUAACGGCGGCGCGCAGCGCUCCCCCUGCCGGCUGUCGCGGCAACGAGACUGGCUGUAGCAUCGACGGCGGUGACUACUGCUUCACCAGCGGCGUCGUCUGCGACGGCGUCAACAACUGCGGCCUCGCCGACUGGUUCGACGAGCGGCGUGCGCAGUGCGGGCUGCCGGCGGAGCGGCUGGGUGCGGCGCCGGUUGCGGCGCUGUUGUGCGCGCUACUGUGCGCGUUGUUGAUGGCGGGCCGUGCGCUGCGUCGCUGCUUGCCGCCUCCAGCUGCAUCUUUCUUCAUUUUCAACGCUAACGAGGACAACCGUCUCUGCAUCGCCACAGUCCAUAUACCUCCUACCUGUAUUGAUAUUCCCGCAGAAUCUAUUAGGAAGUAUUCUAUUAUACCGGUAGGUUUAUUUUAACUUUAAUGAUGGUUUAUUACAGCGGAUAUAAUUUCGUUUCUUUCAAAGCCCUCGCUAUGGGCAAUAUUGCGAAAUAUGGAAUUCAAUAGGACUGAGGUUUUUAGUACAUUUGUUUGAUUAACUGAUAAUAUUAAUGUAUUUUACAAUAUGGAGGUGUUUUCGGAUACAUCGUGUGAGAGCAAGGAACAGAACGUGGUUGUCGGUGUCGGGGUGCAGCCGUCGAGCUCUAAGGUGGUCACAAUAGACAAAGAUGCCACCACAUCUGUCAAACUUGAGG